CGGAAGUUUCACUUUUGAUCUGUAGUAUUUCUACUUCAGUUUUUACUUCAAUUUUUUUUUCUUUGUAACAAAAUGAGAACAACAGAAAAUUUAUCCGUGUUGAUAUCUCUUUGAAGUUUUUGUAGCCAAAUUUAACUCUGAUAACGAGGUAGGCAGUUCGCAUUUGUACCCGAUUUACAUUACAGGAGAGACACGUCAGCGCCUAAGAGAAAAGAAAUCUUUGUGGCAACCGCCAAUGAACUAACAGCUGAAUUAACUUGACUGAUUCGAAACCGUCAAAAGCUUCUUUUAAUAAUUUAGACAUUAACCCUUUAUAUUGGCUCGUAUGGAUUCCGACGUCGACGCUUUUCGCAAUCCUGUGGAUACAAGUGCACAAUUGGAGAACAUGGGUAUAAUUGCAAUGAUAGUUCAAAUCAUCUCAUGGAUCUCGUCGGUUACUAUGGUCUUUGGUGGCGUAGUACCGUAUGUACCUCAGUACUGGGACAUUUUGCAAUCUCGUGAUGCAGAAGGCUUUUCUAUGCAUGUGUGCUUAGCUCUCCUAGUUGCAAACGUACUCAGGAUAUUCUUUUGGUUUGGUCGUCGAUUUGAACUUCCGUUAUUAGCUCAAAGCUUUGUCAUGAUUGUUGCAAUGAUGAUGAUGUUACAGCUUUGCACCAAAAUAAGAAGAGAAAGUGACAUGAGUGCAAGGAAGAGGUCAUUUCUUGAUUUUCACAGAAGGCAUUUCUGGGACUGGACACAUUUUUCUGACUAUGUGUUAUGUGUCCUGAUAUUUGUGGCUGUGGGUGGUUAUGUCACCUACUUAUUCCUUAACUUUCCAACAUUUGUGGAGCUUAUAGGAUUCUUGGCAGUGUUCACAGAAGCUAUGCUUGGAGUUCCUCAGUUUUACAGAAAUCAUGUUAAUCAGUCCACUGUAGGGAUGAGUGUAAAGAUGGUUGUAAUGUGGCUAUCAGGAGAUAUAUUCAAAACUUGUUAUUUCCUUGUAAAGGUUGCACCAGUUCAGUUUUGGAUUUGUGGUUUGCUUCAGAUAUGUAUAGACAUUGCCAUACUUGUGCAAGUUUAUAAGUUUGGAAAACAGGAAAGAACUCAUUUAAGAUAAUGAAAAUUGUUUUAAAAUGCAAGUUAUCUCUAUGGAGUGCACCAUCAAUUUUUAUUUAUACAAUACAUAUAUUUAUAUCCUUAAAUUUUUAUAGAAAUUGGGUAAUAUUACAUUG